AGCACAUAUCACCAUUGAAAUACAACUCUUUUGGAAUACAAAUAAAGUGUAUACAUAACCUAAAAGUUGAACGUGGAAACAUAACGUUCUUAUGGUUUGCAUCUUUCACAGUGAAGAAUUAUUUUAAUUUCACAGAAUGUCGGAGAAGACAAAAAAUAUGAGCCACGUGAAACAUAUUCCCAAAGAUGCUCAAGUCAUCAUGUCAAUCAUGAAGGACAUGGGAAUAACCGAUUAUGAACCCAAAGUGAUCAAUCAGUUGUUGGAGUUUACGUAUCGAUAUGUCACAUGCAUAUUGGAUGAUAGCAAAGUGUAUGCUAAUCAUGCCAAGAAGAAGUUCAUCGAUCUGGAUGACGUCAGAUUGGCAGUCAAAAUGCAGUUGGAACGUUCAUUUACAAAUCCACCACCCAGAGAUGUAUUGUUGGAUGUAGCGCGUACCAAAAACAACAUUCCAUUACCUUUUGUCAAGCCAAACAAUGGCCUUAGAUUACCACCAGAUCGAUAUUGUUUAAAUGCAACAAACUUCAAACUUAAAAACGCGACGAAGAAAAUUGUUCAGAAACCUGCACAUUCUUUGGUAGGAAAUAAUCAAUGUAGUGGACAACCAAGAUCAAAAGUAGAAGGAACUAAGGCUGGUGUGUCGAUUGUUAAGAGACCUGGAACACUCGCCACUGUUGCCAGAACACAAACUAUUUCUAUACCAAAACCUGUCUUGAAGUUCUCUACAGCGACAACGAGCUCUACGACGGUAAAAGCACAAGUAACGAAACCGAAAAUACAGAUUACUUCUAAUCAGACGUUGCCGACCGUCAAGAUGGAAACUGAUGAGUCCUUAAAGAGAAAACGAGAAGAGGAAGAUUAUGACGUUUCGUAACCUAAAUUUGGAAUACUUUUUCAUUUAAUUAUUUUAUUAUAUUCGAAUUUUUUGUAAUAAUGUUCUUUGUUAAGUAAUACAAAAAGAAUAUAUGCAGUCUAAACAAUAAAAAUACAUAAUACGUAUAUUUAUUUA